AUGUGUUGUAAGUCAUUCACAUCACCACGCGUCAACGUUAGACUAACGAGCAAUCAACGAUUUAGAGUACCCAUUGGAGAUAUAGAGGCAAAGAAGAUUGUACAACAGUUGACAGAUUUAUAUGCUAGUGAUAGAGAGAGGAAACAAAAGAAACGAGAGUUAUCAUCAAAGCUACAAUAUGACAUUUACAAGAAUCAGUAUCAACUACGUGGAAACAAGAUACAACUAAAGAAGUUAGAGUCAACUCAAAAGAAGUUGAACAAGCAACAACAACAGACGAAUGGAGAUGGAGAUGGAGAUGAGGACAUUGCUAAACAGAUGAAGUCAAUACAAUCAACAAUCGAUGAUAAUAGGACGAUAAUGACUACUUUGUUGGUUGAUAAGAAACGAAAGAUGAGCGAGUUGGAUGAGGAGUUGGUCAUAUCUGAUCAAUCAGUCGAUCAUUUAAUUAUAACUGGUGUCAAUGCUAUUACAAAGGCAAUGGAGAAGGAUGAGAGUGUUCGUCCAACACUUCGUCUGUUGAUCAUUUGUCUGCCGUCAAACAAUGCCGCUGGCAAUCUAAUGAUCGAUCACCUACCAUUCAUGGCGAGCAUGCGCAACAUCCCCUACGUCUUGAUGCCCAACUCAUUCACAAUUGAAAUCAACGCCGCUCUCUCACUCAAGUCUGCAUUGGGGAUCGCUAUCAAGGAGGACAAGACGUCAAAGCCCAACAAACUUAUCGAGUCACUUGUUCAGAUGGGCGUGGAAACAUGGAAGAGCACACAAAAGAUUGAAUAUCCCUUCGCAGGGUCGUCGUUAUCGCAGGCUGCUGCACCAGCAAUCGAGCUGAAACCAACAAAGAUCAUCAAGGAAGGUAAUAAACGACUGCGAGUUUGA